AUGACGGACAAACUUCCCCCUCCUUUGCUGGCCCUGUUCCAGCCCCGCCCACCUCUUCGCUACAUUCCUCCCACCGACCGCGCACCCGAAGACUGCCCGAAAAGCACCAUCUCUGGAGUCGCUCAGUUCCUUUCUGAGGCGAAGGCUUUCGCAGAAGAGGUCCCAUACAAUGCGACCGAGAGCUGGUUGCAGCGCAAAUGGCGCCAGAAGAUCGAGAAAAAGGAACAGCUCGAGAAGCAGGUGACCGAAGGGUUGCAAACCUUUGACCCAGAGAAAGAUCCUCAAGCACGAGGUGAUCCCUACAGAACUCUCUUCGUGGCACGAUUGAGCUACGAUGUGAAAGAAUCAGAUAUCGAGCGAGAAUUCGGCCGCUUCGGCCCCAUUGAGCGUAUUCGCAUCGUCAAAGAUACCGUCUCACCAAAGGCGUCUAAAAAGCCCAACAAAGGCUAUGCGUUUAUCGUCUAUGAACGCGAGAAAGAUAUGAAAGCGGCCUACAAGGAGACAGAUGGAAUCCGUAUCAAGGACCGACGAGUUCUUGUGGAUGUCGAACGUGGACGCACGACCAAAGGAUGGAAGCCUCGUCGCUUUGGUGGUGGUCUAGGAGGCCGUGGAUACACCAAGGCGAUGCCCUCACGACCCGUUGGGCCAGGAUUCAAUGCGCCUUCUGGACCUGGAGGUUUCGGCGGCGGCUUCCGUGGCGGAUUCGGUGGAGGCAGAGGCUUCCGUGGAGGUGGAGGAUUCCGUGGCGGUGACCGUUUUGGUCCUCGUGGAGGAAUCGGCUACCAAGGUGGUCGCAAUGGAUUUGGGGGUGGUGGACAACCACCCCCCAACGCGCCCUCCGGUCCUGGUGGUGGCCGCAGAGGAGAUUUCGGAGGAAGUUCUUAUGGUGGUGACCGUGGUGGCGGCAGAUUUGAUCGAGGCUCUGGCAGCAACCGGGAGCCUGUGCGGCCACGAGAUGGUCCCUCGGACCGGGACCGUCGUGACGACCGGGAUCGUGAUCGCUACAGGGACCGCCGUGAUGACCGUGGCGGGGGUGAUCGCUACGGAGACCGUGACCGCGACCGCUAUGGCGGUGGCCGAGAUGGUGGUAGAGAUGCCGGCCGUGACGCCGGCCGUGACGCCGGACGUGAUGCUGGCCGGGAUGCUGGCCGGGAGGACUUUGGACGGAAGCGACCCCGUGAAGACGAUAGCUACGAUGAUCCCCGAUCCCGGAGACGAUACUAA